AUGGCGGAUCCCUCCCGCGACCCGUCGUCCGACGGGCAUUCGUACGAUGCGCAGGAGAGCAGUUUAGGCAUUCCAUCUAGCAGUCCAGGGCGGCACUCGCAGGUGCAUCGCCUGCGCAGCGAUUCGAGCGAUCACGCGUCACCGCUGCACUUUCCCACUUCUUCGCCGGCGCAGCGAACGCCGCGGGCGCGCAUGUCGAGCGUGUCUGGCGACAGCGAGCCGCUCUUCUUUCCCCCGUCGACUGGCUCGACGCCGCGGCGUAGCCGGCGUGGUGAUAUCCACUCGUCGGUCAUCGGGUCAUCGCCGGCCGUCUUUCGGCGGCAGCUCGUCUCGAUGCGCUCUGAAGGGUCCGACGGGCACACACCCGGUGCCAACAGCGAUACACUGACCUUUUCGCAGCCGACAUCCGCAUCACAGGAGCAGAUCCGUGAGGGCGAUAACAAAGUCAUCUGGGGCACCAAUGUGUCGGUCGGCGAGACGAUGCAGCUCUUCCGUGCUUUGCUGCGUGGAUUCCGCCUCAAGUACCGCUGGGCGUAUGCACGCACGCACGGCCUGUCGCAGGCACGCGCACCGAAUGCAGACGGCGAAAUGCUGCUCUACGAAGACUACCUGCGCCAGAUGCGGCACACGAACCAGACAAAUCUGAACCUGCGGAUCAGCGACUUGCUCGCCUUUCCGCCGGCCAAGCGCCUCGCGCUGCAGCUCGAGCGCUACCCUCAGGAGGUGGUGCCAAUCAUGGACCAGGUCCUCAAGGACGAAAUGCUCGAGCUUGCCGAGGAAGACCUGCGCCGCGCCGCGGCCGACGAGCUCGAGACGACGCGCGAGCAGAUUGAGCUUAUGGAGACGCUUAACUACAAGGUGCGCCCGUACGGCGGGACGUCGACCAACAUGCGCGACCUCAAUCCCCAAGAUAUCGACAAGCUCACGACCGUGCGUGGCCUCGUUAUCCGCGUCACGCCCAUUAUUCCCGACAUGAAGGUGGCCUUUUUCCGAUGCCUCGUGUGCAACCAUACGGUGAAGGUGGAAAUUGACCGCGGGCGCAUUACCGAGCCGCACCGCUGUCCUCGUGAGGUGUGCAACCAGCUCGGCUCUCUGUCGCUGAUCCACAACCGCUGCGAGUUUGCCGACCGGCAAGUGAUCCGGCUCCAAGAGACGCCGGAUGUCAUUCCGGAUGGCCAGACGCCGCACACGCUGAGCCUGUGUGUCUACGACGAGCUCGUGGAUAUCUGCAAGCCGGGUGAUCGUAUCGAGGCGACCGGCAUCUUCCGUGGCAUUCCCGUGCGCAUCAAUCCUCGGCAGCGCUCGCUCAAGAGCCUGUUCAAGACCUAUGUCGAUGUGGUGCAUGUGCGCCUCAACUCGAGCCGUCGCCUCGCCGUGGAUGUCUCGACCCGCGACCAGCCCAACACGCAGUCGGUCGGCGUCGGGGGCGACGACGAGGGCGAAGAGUUUAAUGCGCACGCGCCGGCGACCGGCGACAGCGCCUCUUUGCCUCCGCCGACGAGCGGGCGCAUGUCGCUCAUCCCCCGCGAGCAGAUGCGCGAGCAGAUUGAACAGAUUGCGGCGCGGCCCGACGUAUACGACCUGCUUGCGCGUAGUCUUGCGCCGAGUAUCUACGAGAUGGAAGACAUGAAGCGCGGCGUGCUGCUGCAGCUCUUUGGCGGCACGAACAAGUCGAUCGCAUCCGGUGGUGGUAUGGGCGGCCCGCGGUACCGUGGCGACAUUAAUGUGCUGAUUGUCGGUGACCCCGGUACGUCCAAGAGUCAGAUGCUUCAAUACGUGCACAAAAUUGCGCCGCGUGGCAUGUACGUCUCCGGCAAGGGCUCUUCGGCCGUGGGUCUUACGGCGUACGUCACGCGCGACCCCGAGACGAAGCAGCUUGUGCUGGAGAGCGGCGCGCUCGUCCUGUCCGACGGCGGUGUGUGCUGCAUUGACGAGUUUGACAAGAUGUCGGACGCCACGCGCAGUGUGCUGCACGAAGUCAUGGAGCAGCAGACCGUGUCGGUCGCCAAGGCCGGCAUCAUCACCACGCUCAAUGCACGCACUUCGGUGCUCGCUGCGGCGAACCCGAUCGGAUCCAAGUACAAUGCCAAGCUCCCGAUUUCCAAGAACAUCGAUCUGCCGCCGACGCUCAUCAGUCGUUUCGACCUGGUGUACUUGGUGCUGGACCACGUUGACGAAGUCAAUGAUCGCCGCCUCGCGCGCCACCUCGUCGGCAUGUAUCUCGAGGAUGCGCCGGCGACCGCGGCGACCGAUGUGAUUCCAGUGGAAUUGCUCACGUCCUACAUUUCCUAUGCACGUGCCAACAUCUCGCCGGUGCUUACGGGCGACGCGGCCGAGCGCCUUGCGCUGCGCUACGUCGAGCUGCGCAAGGCCGGUGAGGACCCACGCAGUGCCGAGCGCCGUAUUACUGCGACAACGCGCCAGCUCGAAAGCAUGAUCCGUUUGAGUGAGGCGCAUGCGCGCAUGCGCCUUGCGACGCUCGUCACAGUGGACGACGUGGAAGAGGCCAACCGACUGAUCCGCGAAGCGGCCAAGUCGAGUGCGACAGACCCCACGACUGGCCUGAUUGAUCUGGACCUAAUCACGACCGGCCGCUCGCUGCAGCAGCGCAGACUCGCUGGCGAUCUGCGCUCGGAGCUCUUGAAUGUCCUGUCGACCAUGGUGGGCGGCACGGGCACGCGCCCGGUGCGUCUUGCGGAUCUCGUGCGGACACUGCGCGAGCAGAGCUCGGUUGCGGUCGAUACCGCCGAGCUGCAAAAUGCCUUGCAGAGUCUCGAGGCAGAGGGAAUCGUGCAGCUCGCCGGCGAUCGCGAGCGGCGCACGGUGCGUUUAAUGUAG